AUGGGCAUUCGUGCACUGUUGUGCGCGUUCCUGGUUCUACUCAUCAGACCGUCAGGAAGCGAUUGGCUCAGUUGUGGCCACAUCAAAGAAUGUCACUGUAAAUGGUCCUCAGGCAAAAAGACUGCAUCAUGCAUUACAUCCGGUCUAACACAGAUACCUCGAUUAGCGACAGAUAUACAAGUUCUCGAUUUACACGGGAACCCCAUAGACGAGCUCGAAGAAGAUGCCUUUGCGAGCAUCGAAUUGUUAAAUUUACAACGACUGAAUCUCAGUUCCACAAAUCUUCGCCACUUGCAUCAAAACGCCUUCAGAGAACUUCGAAUUUUGAUAGAAUUAGAUCUUUCGAGAAACUUUCUCACCGAACUUUCACCAAACACUUUCAAAGGAAAUGAGCGUUUGAGGCUUUUAGUCCUUAACGACAACCCGUUAAGUAAAUUAGUUGCACAGCAAUUCCCGCCUCUACAACAUUUAAAGAAACUGGAAAUUUCGAGAUGUCGACUCAGCAAAGUUCACCCCUUUGCCUUUGUGAACUUGCGAGCGCUAGAAACUGUACAUGUACAUCAAAACUUGCUUUCAUAUUUACAUCAAGAUACAUUUAACUUACCUGUGUUGAAAUCUCUGACACUCUCAGACAAUCCAUGGUUCUGCGAUUGUAAGCUUAGAGAAUUUCACGAGUGGUUUCUAAAUAGCAAUCUUGGAAAUGAGGAAGUUUUCUGCGCAGGUCCAGAGAACAAGGCGCAUUUUUCUUGGUUAGACAUAAAAGGCGAUGAUAUGGUCUGCCCUCCUGCAGUCAUAACGAGUCCAUCCGUAAUAAGGACUGAAUCGGGAGCUGACAUUUCUUUUGGGUGCUUUGUCCGUGGCGAUCCUACGCCGAGUGUUUCAUGGUAUUUCCGUCACGCGUUAGUUACAAAUAAAACUAUUAGCGAUAGUGAAAUUUAUGUUUUUAAUUAUUCAAUAGAACACUUCAAAGAUGGUGUUAACGAUAUUAUUAAUAAAAGCGCACAGUGGUUUAAUGUGACAGUAAGUAAUGUUACUAGUGAUUUAGCAGGAGAGUGGCGAUGCAGUGCAAAGAGUUCUGCAGGAGAAUCCAACGCAUACCUAACUUUAUUCUUACCUAAAGCGAGAACUGCUACAGCUAGAAGUGCACCAGACUAUUCUAAAUUUUUUAUAGCUAUUGGAGCUGUUCUGGCUAUGGCGAGUACAGGAUUUAUAGCAGCCUGCGUAUGUUGGAAGAUCAGGCGUCGACAUGUUCCACCUAGUAGGAGUUUUACUGAUCAAGAGAAAAAAUUGCUCGACACUUCAUUGGCUGUCAGCUGCGAUAGAACUAGUGUGGAAAUGGGAUCAUCAUAUGGCUUUGAAAUGUUUGACAGGUCAAUGUCACUAGAAAGUGAAGAUACGCAGAGAUGUAUGGAACCAGUUCAAAUAACGAUCGAAGGCCCGUCUGGUAGGUUUCCUCCACCACCGGCUGAGUUCUCGAUACCAGCACCGUAUGGAAAUAUUUUUAUAUCAGUUCAAGUGACCGGACAUAACGAGGAAUAUCCAGAUUUGUUGGGUGGUGGAGCAACUCUACCUCGGCGUAGUAGAACAUGUUUUUUAAAAUCCGCUUACGAUAAUAUGGGACCUAGAGUGACGGCUGCUGGCAGCUCAACCUGGUCAUUACCAGGAGCGAAGGCUGACAGUAGCCCGUGUAAAGAAACCACUGCAACAGUUCCACUAUCUACAUUUUCAACUGAAUUUACUGCUCUAUAA